AUGACGGUUUUGACGGAUGAGCCGAACUGUCAGCAGGACCCCGAGAGCGUCUUCUACGUGCAUGCAGGCAAUGGCUGGGGCUCCUUCCCGGAGGCCGUUGCCAUGGGCCCUGAGCGGAAGGGCUACACAGGCGCCGCACCAAAGAUUUACGUGGGCUCCUUCGAAAGCAUUGAGCAGAAGGAUGGCGAUCGGAACUUCCGAUUGCGGAGCCGCGGCUCCGACCCCGCUUGGGUUCGGGUGGAAGUGGCCAAGGAGUUUCUGCUUGGAGACCCCUUGGUUCUUGGACACUUCGAGCAGUGUUGGGGAGCUCUGAUCAGGACCGGCGAGAGGCCGCCGCAGCGCGCCCCGAGAUUUGGAAGCCCUUGGCCUUGCGAGGAGGAGGUGAGCCCUCGGCAGUGGCUCGAGAGAGCUGGCUUUGCCGUGUUCUUGAGAGCCAUCGGGGCAGCCGAACGGGGGGUGGCCUUGCCUGGAACACCGGAGGAAUUGCGGCGGCGCUGUGGGGUAGUGGCGGUGGAGGAUGAUGGCUUCUGCGGCUUUUGGUGCUUGGCUUACCUCCUAGGCACAGACCUACCCCGGGCUCUUCAAAGAGCCAGGAGCUGA